AUGUCAAGACAGUCCUCAUAUGCACCUCCGUCUGAUUCCUCGUCCCAGCAGGUCUGGGACCAAAAUCCCCCCACAUAUGCUGCCUUCUCUCCAACAUCCACCUCUGGCUACUCCGCCACAUCGAAGCAGCGGUCUACGAUAAUAGUCCACAAAAAGUCGCCCUUGCUAGUAGCGACACCCCCUCAGAUCACUCGAGCCCUAGCCCAUUCACAUCCCUUCCUCUUGCCACUGAACAAACUCGCCGGUCUUCUGUCAUGGAGCACCCGGGAUCCUUGGGAAUCAUAUCUGAUGGUGGCUGUCUUCUGGGGAAUCACACUAUAUGGGAGUGAGAUUAUUCGCUUCGCAAGCCCAAUCAUUGUAGUAGUUGGUCUCAUAUUGGGAAUGUACUCCAGGCGCUAUUCUCCUCUGUCGUCCACCACCAAAACCGGAGAGAAACAUUCAGCCAAGGGCCACAGGAGGGAACCUUCGGAAUCUCAGUCUCACCAUAAGACCCUCGAUGAGAUUGUUGAGACGCUGCAAGAAUUGACUGCCCGAUGCAAUGUCCUGCUGGAUCCCUUCCUCAUCCUGACCGAUUUUCUCUCUACCCAGACCACACCAACUGCCGCUACGACUCGACCAGCAUUGACGACUCUCUUCAUCCGUGUUCUUUUAGUAACCCCCUUUUGGAUUAUCCUGACUCUUCCACCUUUCUAUAUUCUGACUCCUCGAAGAGUCAUUCUCGCUGUUGGCACAAUAAUAUUGACCUGGCAUUCCAAGCCGGCCAGGGUAUCUCGGGUUAUCCUCUGGCGUUCUGUAUUCAUGCGCAAAGCUGCCGCAUUCGUCACUGGGCUGGAGUUUGAUACUUCGCCAAAUGCGAAAUCUGGACCGUCACUUCGACCGUCAAUUGGACCCCGGUCGAAAUCUCAAAGCGACCUCGCCACAGAAGCCGCAAACAAGCAAAAACCCGACUCUUCUGGCGUUCGUUUCACGUUUAUCUUAUAUGAGAACCAACGGCGGUGGCUGGGUCUUGGGUGGACAACUUCUUUGUUUGCAUACGAGCGUGGCCCUUGGACGGAUGAACAUCUGAACCCUGCACCAUCAAAGGAGGAGUUCGAACUGCCGGAUGUGGAGGGCGGUCUGUCACGGUGGAGAUGGAUCGACUCUGAAUGGCGAAUAGAGCACGGAGAUGCUAAAUCACACAAGAGAGCGACAAGCGACACCAAAACAGGAGCAACGGGCAUCUCUGGUAAAGCGACCGCCGACGACGGUGGAGGCUGGAUAUAUUACGACAACAGGUGGGAAGAUGGAAGAAGAGAGGACGGAUGGGGUAGAUAUACGAGGAGACGCAAGUGGUACCGCGAUGCAGAACUUGUCGAAGCGACGCCGAGUGUUGAGGAUACUCCGAGUGGUACUCCAGCACAACCUUUGUCUGACACGGAAGAGGACAAGGUGAGGAAAGCGAAAGAGUUUGCCAAGGGGGUAGGCCGGUCGGAAGACACAGCUACUGCGAACCCAACACCUCCGACGGAAAAGUCAUCUGCACCGGAUCCAAAAGCCAAUGACGCCAACAGCACCGCCAAAUCCCCUGCGGUGAAGAAACCAGGCAGCUGGUUCUCGAAGAGAGACCGGAGUGAUAGUAAGAGCUCCAGUGGGAAGAAUACAGGCCAGUCCAGCACACGGAGCGAUCGGAGUCGUGAUGGACCAGAGGACGAUGUGCUGGAUAAAUGGCGAGAUGCUUCUGGGCACAGAGCGUUCAGUGUGCAAGAGGACGUUGCCAUGAGUCUUGGAUAG